AUGACAACACAUCCUGAAGUUCUAUGGGCUCAACGUAGCAGUGAUUCUGUUGCUGACAAGAACAUCGUUUGGUUGACUGUGAACGUGCCAGACAUUGACGAAACAAGUCUCCAAUAUGAAUUGACGUCUACCGAAAUUUCUUUCAAAGCAGCGUCAAAAACCGACAAGAGAGCAUAUGCAUUCUCGCUCCCGCUAUUCGAUGAAGUAGACACAGAAGCGUCUCUGAGCAAAUUGAGCUCGCGCUCUUUCACGGCGGUACUACGAAAGAAGGCCCUCAAGGCUGAGUACUGGCCACGACUAACGAAGGAAAAGACGAAGCUGCCGUUUGUCAAGACCGAUUUCAGCAAAUGGGUUGAUGAAGACGAGCAAGACGGUGCCCCUUUAGAAGACGAUCUCGGCGGCAUGGGAGACAUGGGCGGUAUGGGAGGUAUGGGCGGUAUGGGAGGUAUGGGCGGUAUGGGAGGCAUGGGUGGCAUGGGAGGUAUGGGAGGCAUGGGUGGUAUGGGAGACAUGGGCAUGGGUGGUAUGGGCGGCAUGGGAGGCAUGGGUGGCAUGGACUUCAGCAAGAUGAUGGCUUCCAUGGGCGGGGCUGGUGGUGCCGGCCCAUCAGAUGAGACCGCUGAAUCUGAUUCUGAUUCCGAUGGCGGCCCACCCCCUCUUGAGGAUGUUGAACCCAGUGCGUGA